AUGUGUUACUGUAUACUGGAUACUGGAAACAGAGGAGGAGAGANACCUGUCUGUCUCUCAUGUAAAACAGGUAAUCCCUACAAGUGCAUUGACUGUAAGGACACAGAAUGGUCUGCAGCAGGAAGUACAUCAUGCAGUCUGCGGGUGGUGGAGUACAUCCCAUUCACAGACAGUGGGGCCAUACUGAUCAUGAUCGGGGCCUGGGCAUUUGUGGGCCUCACACUAGCCGUGUCUGUUCUCUUUGCCAUCAACUACAACACACCUGUUGUCAGAUCUGCUGGGGGACCAAUGUGCCUCCUGAUUUUAGGCUGCCUCAGUCUGUGUAGUCUCAGUGUGUUCUUUCACUUUGGUAAGCCAACAACCUCCUUCUGUAUCUUAAGGUUCUUACCAUUUCUGUUGUUCUACACUGUUUGUCUAGCAUGUUUUGUUGUGCGCUCUUUUCAGAUUGUUUGCAUUUUCAAAAUAGCCGCCAAGUUUCCCAAGAUCCUCAAUUGGUGGAUGAAAUAUCAUGGACAAUGGCUGGUCAUCACUGUGGCAUUUGCUAUGCAGGCUGUUUUACUUAUUAUUGGCUAUACUUAUGCUCCCCCCAAACCCUACCAUGACACAUUGUGGUCCCAUGACAAAAUCAUACUUGGUUGUGACAUUAAUGUCAAAGCAUCCUCUGGUUCUGUGGCUUUACUUUUAUUUUUGGGCUCCCUUUGCUUUAUUUUCUCCUACAUGGGUAAAGACCUCCCAAAAAACUACAAUGAGGCCAAAGCAAUAACCUUCUGCCUGCUCCUGCUGAUCCUCACCUGGAUCAUCUUUGCCACUGUGUACAUUCUUUAUCAUGGCAAGUACAUCCAAACACUGAAAGCUCUGGCGGUACUCUCCAGUCUCUACUCCUUUCUGUUGUUUUAUUUCCUCCCAAAAUGUUACAUCAUCAUUUUUCAAUCGUACAAAAACACGCAGGAAUACUUUCAAGGUCUCAUUCAGAGUUAUACCAUGACAGUCAGGUAG